AUGCCUGCCCAAAUAGUGGGAGGGAUGAAGGAGCAACAAAUUCCACAUUCUUUUCUCUUUCACUUAAACCUUCUUUCACACAUUUCUUCUACUUACCCGUUUCUUUCUUUCUUUCUUUCUUUCUUUCUUUCUUUCUUUCUUUCCUGUCUUUAUUUUACUCAUUUCAAUAGAUUUGCUUUCUUCUUUCUUUUUUCUUUGUCUUUAUUUUUCCCAUUUCAAUAUAUCUUCUUUCUUUCUUUCUUUCUUUCUUUCUUUCUUUCUUUCUUUAUAUUACCCGCUAUGAUUGACUGUUUGUCUUUCUUUCUUUCUUUCUUUCUUUCUUUCUUUCUUGUCUUUUCUUUACUCAUUUCAAUAGAUUUGCUUUCUUCUUUCUUUUUUCUUUGUCAUUAUUUUUCUCAUUUUAAUAUAUCUUCUUUCUUUCUUUCUUUCUUUCUUUCUUUCUUUCUUUCUUUCUUUCUUUCUUUCUUUAUUUUUCUCAUUUCAAUGUAUCUUCUUUCUUUCUUUCUUUCUUUCUUUCUUUGCUGCUUUCUUUCUUUUUUCUUUCAUGAUUUCUUCCAUUACUCGUUUCUUUCUUACUUUCUUCCUUUACUCUCUUCUUUUGUCUUUUUUAACCGUUUCUUUCUAUCAUUGCGCCUUUCUUUCUUUCUUUCUUUCUUUCUUUCUUUCUUUCUUUACUUUUUACUUUUUACUCUUCAGUUCGUAACACUUUCAUUUUUCUUCUAUCUCCUUCCUUCAACUACACCUUCCCAUUCAUUUCCUUUAUUCCCUUCCUCUCUUUUCUCUUUGCCUCUAAACCCCACUGUCUGCCCACAUUGA